CGCAUCUGCCAGGCCCGCGCCCUCUCAGACUCCACCCCGAUCGGUACCUCCUCCCGAACCAGCCAUGCCCGCUGCACAGCCCACGACGGCCAAGGCAAACGCCACAAACCCUGCGGCGUCGGCGUCGGCAUCCUCAGCGAGGCCAAUCAUGUCGCUCACCAUCCCGGCAGCCUGGCCGGCAGCGGGCGACGCCGCGCCACAGCUGAGCGUGCUCACACCGCUCUCGCCGCUCUCCCCGAUCGCGUUUGGCUUCCCCGGCCCGCGCGAGCUGCGCAAACGGCGCGAGGACGAGCUCGACCGGUGCAUGAAGGACCUCGGGUUCGUCGAGGCGCCGUCGCCCGUCGGCCAUACCAAGACGGCCUCGAGCUCGGCCUGCUCAUCGAGCUCAGAAUCGGACCCGAAGACGCGUCUUGGGGCACACGCACGCGCGUUCUCGGCGUCGUGUGCAGACGAGUCCGACGAGGAGCGCGACGUCGUGCUGCUCGUGGACGAGCAUACGGACGAUGAGCCGGAGCCGGAGGAGCACCCGACGCGCAGCGAGUCGCGCGCGGCGAUGCUCACGCUGUUCGCGGACAUCGACACCACACCGUCCCCCGUGGGACCGAACCCGCUAGUCGAGCCCGGGGUGGACGUGCAGGUGGAGAUCGUGUCGAAGAAGGCGGCUGCGCGUACGCGGCGGCGGUUCAGCCGGAAGUGGGUGCGCGAGAAGAGCGGGAAGCGAUUGACUGAGAAGGACUUCUCGGAGAUCCUGUGUCAGUUGCGCAAGUUGCGGUGACGGACCGACUGUCGCAAGAAGAUUUUGAAGCGGCUGCGUAAUGUAUAGCUUGUACUUGAUAUUCUCCUCUCGGUCCGACCCCGCUCUGCAACAUUCAUUUGUACAUCCUCCCACAUUUGCAUUAGACCGUGACUGGGGUAACUUAUUAGUGGCCUACUGGUAACUGCAGAACAUGGCAUAAUAUGAUUACUCUAUU